GACCCUAGAAAACAGGUCCCUACAUGUGGCGUCCUGUAGCCUCGAGGCAGGGGCUGUGGGGCCCUGAUUUCCCAGCAAAGAAUGAUGCAUGUCCAGCCCCCCUGAAGAGAACAGUCUGGAAAAAGAUGCUUGGCUCUGAACAAUGUACCUGGGACCUUGGCUGCAGCCCCAGAGAUUCAUCUGCAGCCCCAGAGAUUUGUCCCUGGGGCUGGAGGGUGGGCUCAGCAGGGGGCCUUGAGACCCUCGUGUCCCCUCAGGGGCCUUCCUGUCCAGGGUCCUGGAGCCCCCAAGGCCUCGGGCCAGCUGAGGCCAGGGUCCAACCUAGAUUUCCCGGGGGCAGGUGGGUGACAUGGCCAUAACAGUUGACUCCAACACACCUGGUACUAAGAUCCCCAGAAAGGGCCCCUCUCGGAUGGGUCUGCUGCCCCCCACCACACGUGCCGAGAAGGGUCUCCAGGUGGCCUCCCCAGUCUGGUGUGGCCCUCAGGCAGCUCUCCCCAGACUGGAGGAAGCAGAAGCUUACUGCUUUCUGCAAAGGAAGAGGUAUGGUGCAUGCACAGGACAGCACCCGCUGGCCGGCACCCACCCCUGGCCUGAGCCCCUGAGCCCCUUUCCCUGCACCCUCUGCCCGCCGAAGCUCCAGGCACCACGGGAGUGGUGUGGGCAGGGCUGCAAAGCCCGGUCCCCAAGGCCUGCCCCCCCCACUCCCUGCUGCCGCCUCCCAUCUGCCCUGUGCUCUGCUUAUCGGGUAACCAGAGCCGGGAGCUCUGUCCACGCCUGAAACAGGAAGCCCAGGCCUGUGCGUGAGCCGCAUAGAGCCCGCCGGGUGGCUGGGGCCAGAGGAUGGAGGAGCAGCGGGCACUUGUGGCUGCCCAAGACGGGGAUCUGGCCACCUUGGAGCAGCUGCUGGAGGCAGGCGCCCUGGGCCCGGGCAUCACCGAUGCCCUGGGGGCCGGCCUGGUGCACCACGCCGCUCGGGCUGGCCACCUGGCCUGCGUCAAGUUCCUGGUGCAGCGGGCCCAGCUGCCCGGCAACCAGCGGGCCCACAACGGGGCCACACCGGCACACGAUGCCGCCGCCACAGGCAGCCUGGCCGAGCUGUGCUGGCUGGUGCGCGACGGGGGCUGCGGUCUGCAGGACCAGGAUGCCUCGGGCGUCUCCCCACUGCACCUGGCAGCGCGCUUUGGACACCCGGUGCUGGUGGAGUGGCUGCUCCGAGGGGGCCACGAGGCCACGCUGGAGACGCUGGAGGGGGCCUUGCCGCUGCACCACGCCGCCGUCAGCGGGGACCUGACCUGCCUGAAGCUCCUGACCGCUGCCCACCGCAGCGGCGUGAACCGGCGGACGCGCAGCGGCGCCUCCCCGCUCUACCUGGCCUGCCAGGAGGGCCACCUGCACCUGGCACAGUUCCUGGUGAAGGACUGCGGCGCCGACGUGCACCUGCGCGCCCUCGACGGCAUGAGCGCGCUGCACGCCGCCGCCGCCCGCGGCCACUACUCGCUCGUGGUCUGGCUGGUCACCUUCACGGACAUCGGCCUGACGGCGCGGGACAACGAGGGGGCCACCGCCCUCCACUUUGCAGCGCGAGGCGGCCACACGCCCAUUCUAGACCGGCUCUUGCUGAUGGGCGCCCCCCUCAUGAGGGACUCCUGGGGAGGGACCCCCCUCCACGACGCAGCGGAGAACGGGCAGCUGGAGUGCUGCCAGACCCUGCUCUCCCACCGCGUGGAUCCCGCCCUGCGGGAUGAGGACGGCUACACGGCUGCAGACCUGGCGGAGUACCACGGCCACCGCGACUGUGCCCAGUACCUGCGCGACAGCACCCGGCCGGUGCCGCUCUUGAUGACACCCCCGCCCCCUCCGUUCCCCCCACCUCCACUGUCGGCUGCAGGGCACUCCCUGGAGGACGGAAGAAGGGGGGGCCCAGGUCUCAGGAAUCCCAGCUCGUUUCUCAGCCCAGCCUGGCCCGGCCAGCCUGACCAGCCUCUUCCAGGAGAGGAGACCGCCCGUGCAGCACCGCCAAGGGCCACCACCUGUGCCAUGGCCAUCCCCACGAGGGCGGAGACGGCGGCGGGGGGCGCUCCGGACAGCUUAGUCGCGCUGCCGCUGGAUGGGCUGCCCUCGGGCGACCUCGACGGGCUGGUGCCCACGCGGGAUGAGCGCGGCCGGCCCAUCCCCGAGUGGAAGCGGCAGGUGAUGGUGCGGAAGCUGCAGGCGCGCCUGAGCGUAGCUUCAGCGCCUGAGGCCCAGGACGACGGUGGCGGCGCAGGCCCCCCAGAGCAGGCGGCCUGGCGGUACUCGCAGACCCACCAGGCCAUCCUGGGCCCCUUCGGGGAGCUGCUGACCGAGGAUGACCUGGUGUACCUGGAGAAGCAGAUCGCCGACCUGCAGCUGCGGCGCCGCUGCCAGGAGUACCAGAGCGAGCUGGGCCGGCUGGCGGCCGAGCUGCAGGCCCUGCUGCCCGCGCCCCUGGUCAGCAUCACCGUCAACAGCCACUUCCUUCCCGGGGUGCCCGGACCAGAGGGCGAGGAGGCCCGCACCCUCGAGGCCCAGCCCGAGCGCUCGGCAGGGCCCUCAGCAGGCGGGCAGCCCCUGCCCUUCUGGUGCAGCCACGUGGCCCGGCUGGUGCGCAGCUUGUCCCUGCUGCUGAAGGGCGUGAACGGGCUGGUGCAGGGUGAGGAGAGGCCCCCCCAGGAGGUCCCCAGGGAGGUCCCCAGGGAGGCCCUGGCCAGCCCCCCGCGGAGUGAGGCCCAGCGCGAAAUCCAGGAGUGUGGGGUGUCUGUGCAGACCCUUCGAGGCAACUUCGAGUCAGGCCGGCCCUGCACCCCAGGCCCUGGCCCCUGUGAGCUGGGGGCCCAGCCCGGGCCGUGCUCAAGAGGCUGCUGGCCCGUCCCCCUGCCGCCCCGUGGAGGGGAGCCCGGGCCAGGUGACACAGAGGAGGCCAGCGAUUCGGGCAUCAGCUGCGAGGAGGCCCCGUCGGAGGCGGGCGCCGCGCCGGGCCCCGAGCUGGCCAGCCUCCGCAAGGAACGCAUCGUCAUGCUCUUCCUCGGCCACUGGAAGAAGUCGGCCUACAGGCCGGCUCUCAAGACGGCGGCCUGCAGGACCCUGGAGGCCCGGCCCGCGGGGCCGCUGGGGCAGGAGGCGGCCAGGGGCCCUCGGCUGCCCGCCCCGCCGCCCAGCGAGAGCCCGCGGCUGGGCCACCUGUGGCAGCAGCGCAGCGCCAUCGCCCACCUGCUGGGCAACUGGAAGGCCAUCCUGGCCCACGUGCCCACCCGGCAGCUGCGGCGGCUGAGCCGGCGACCCCGCGGCCCCCUGUCCCCGGAGCAGUUCCUGCCCCACGUGGACGGGGCACCCGUGCCCUACAGCAGCCUCACGCUGGACCUCUUCAUGCUGGGCUACUUCCAGCUCCUGGAGUGCGACCUGCCGGCCGAGGAACGCAAGAUGCGCCACCUGCUCUGCUUCGAGGUCUUUGAGCACCUGGGCGCCCACGGCUGGGAAGCCGCCCGCGCCUUCCACAAGGCCGUGACCGACGAGGUGGCCGCUGGCCGCCGUGCCUGGACCGACGGCUUCGAGGAUAUCAAAGCCCGCUUCUUUGGCUCCAGCCGUGGUCCAGCCUGGGACCCGGAGCCUGGCCGCAAGUCGGGCCUGACCCCGCUCGGGCCCCUGCCCCACGCCACAGUCCCCAGUAGUGGCUCUGAGCCCACAGCACAGAGGCUGCGGUCGGGCCCCCAGCGGGGCAGCUUCAAUAGCGAGGACAUCUGUGGCUACAUCGACCGGAGUUUCGCCUUCUGGAAGGAGAAAGAAGCCGAGAUGUUCAGCUUUGGGGAGUGAGAGAGGCCCCAGCCUGCCUGCCUCCAGAGGGGGCUUUGGGGGGGGUCUUGGCUUUCUCUUCUCUUUUCCUUUUCACCCACCUGGUGGCCAGGGGACCCCUGAGGUCAGGCCAGCUGAUGCCCAGUGUGCUAGCUGCCCCCUCCAGCCCUGCCCCUGACAGGUCCCUCCUCAGCUGAGGGACUCCCAGUGUCCCCGUCAGCCCUGAAGUUGGAUGACUUGCCGUCUCAGCCCUGUCCUCCCUCGGGCACCAUGAUGCCAGCCUGUGUUCCCUGGUGGCCCUCCUUCCAGUGUCCACUGAAUCACCUGGAUGUUCUCGCCCUCAGUCCCUCUGGCGCCGGUGGCUCUGGCCACAUCCCCAGCCUGUCUACCCUCUGCUGGUCUGCCUGGGUUCCUUCUAGUGACCGUGGCCCUGCCCCAUCCUCUCCAGCCCCCGUUCCCCACCUGUCAGUGGGGGGAGCUGGAGGCCGCAGGACUGAAUGGGCAGGAGGCUUCCUGUCGGACCAGACUGCCCUCCUGAUCCUCCGGGUCAGGGAGGUGGCCCCGCCUGCCCUGUGCGGUGGUCACACGCAGCCACCUGCUGACAGACACGUGUUCGGCUCCCGGCCUCUCUGGUGCCCCCCCCGCCCAGGGUGGUCCGGAGGUCUGGUUCCCUGAAGGAGAGCUCCCUGCGGGGCUCCGGCCCCCAGCCGACCAGCAUUGCCCCUUCCAGGCCACACGGUCCGAGGCCACGCAGGGCCCCGCCUGCAGGCUCAUGAAAGCAGGGACAUAAGGAACAUUUUCCAGAAAAGUGGUGGUUACGGGACUCUGGACAGAGGGUGCUGGCGCCCCACCCUCAAAGGUGGGCCACUGGGCCCAGAGGGGACGUGCAGGCUGGAAGGCACUGAGGUGCGGCCACUGCUUGUGGUCACCAGCCACCGCCCCACGCCUUCUCCACGAGGGACCAAGGGCAGGAAACGGAUGCCCCCCUCCCCAGGCCUCCAGGUGUGCAGAGUGUCGCAUGAACAGGCGGCUGGGGGCGGACCCUGAACGGCUGGUCGAGGGAUGCGGCUCGUUCCCAGCCCCCAUGGCAGCCCGUUGGGGGCCCAAGGUGGGGCGGGCGCAGAGUCUGGGCGCCUGAGGGGAGAGGUGUCCUGCCGCUGCCCGAUGGCCCCAAUAGGCAGUGUGUGCGGAAGUGGUUUCCAGAAUCUUCCACAGGCCCCCGCCUCCCUGAAGCCAACCGCCUUGGGACAGGGGUCUCUUGCAGCGUCCCCACCCGCCUGCAGAGCUUGGAGGGCAGCUGGCAAGCUGUGGGAUGGAACAGAGGGUCCUGCCAGGUGGCUGGCCUGAGGUCACAGGGACGAUAGAAAGUUUGGGGGAGCAGGGCGAGGUGCUGGCACUGGCUCUAGUUCCCUCAGCCAGGUGAUACUGGGUGUCAGUUUGCUAAACAAAGACCCCCAUUCCUGGCCGGCCUUCUGCUCACACACGUUAGCCUGUGCCCACAGAGAGUGGUGGGACACCCGUGUCCAGAGCCGGCCCUCCAGGUGGGCACCCAGACCCCAGUCCUCAGCUCAGCUCGGCUGAGGUGCCCAAGGCAGCAUCCUUAGCCCCACAGAGCCUCCACUUCCUCAUCUGUGAAAUGGGUGUAGUGUUGUCCUGUCCACGCCCAGGGACCUGGUGAGGGAGGACUCGGGGGUGUCACUGUCCUGGGGCAACAGUGACACUGGCUGCCUGUGUCGGUAUUUUAAGGAGCCGGUUCUGACGAGAGGGCGCUGACUCCUGGCAGCCGCAAGCAUUCUGAAGACCCGGCUUUUGGCCUCCAAACUCUUAACCUUUGGGGGCCAGACAAGAGCCCGUUCCCAGGGUGCUUCUGCUGGCGGGGUGCAGGUCCGGUGGGCUGGGGUGAGCCCGAGGUGGGGUCAGAAGAGGCUGGGCACACUGAAGUCUCCCUCCCUGUGUGUCACCCUCAGGACACAGUGGUUCCAAGGGCCUCACCACGGGGCAGCUGGGAGCGGGGUGGGUGGCAGAACCCAGCCUCAGAGGUAACCUGCUGGCCAGAGGCGCUCAGGAGAGCACUUAGCAGGGGGUCAGCUCGCCCACUUGCUGUGACCUUGGCCACGUCCGUCUGUGGCCUCCAAGCCUCCUUUUCCCAGUGGAGGGGCUGGGCCAAGGCCGGCUGGGAGUGGCCCAUGAGCAUCCAAGUCCCAAGAGGACUGGCUCAGGGUGGGCUGCCAGGUGACAGCUGAGGCGGGGGCUCAGACCUGGGCCUUAGGCCUGGACGGUGGAAGAGGGCUUCUCUGCUGGGCACUCACGGGAGGUCCCCAGAGGCCCUUCUGCCGACCCCUGCCUCUGGGGCGGGUGCCCUUCUUAUAAAACAUGGUACCCGAAGAGCCGCCCCCAGAUCCGAGGCUCCAGGCCCUGGCUGGGCCUGGGCUGGGCCUGAGAAAGCUGGGGUUUGGUUUUUUUGUUUUUUGGGUUUUGUUUUGUUUUGUUUUGUUUGCCUUGCCCACAGCAUGCGGAAGUUUCCCAGGGCCAGGGAUCAAACCUGAGUCACAAGAGUGACAAUGCUGGAUCCUUAAUCUACUGAGCCACCAGAGAACUCCAAAUCUGGCUUAUUUUAAAAGACAUUCCAGGAGAUUCUGAGGCUCAAGGACCUGGGACCCUCCCGGCCCACUAGCAGCUCACUCGUGGGCAGCAGGUGUCCCCUGCAGAAGACAGGGCCUGGCCUGGCUUGGUUCCCGUAACCCUGUCGUCCAGUCGUCAAGAAUUCACUGAGGACCCUGGAGCCCCUGCCUAGAGGUCCUGAGGCUGCAGACUCCAGCGAGAGGACCAGGCACAAAACCAAACCAGGGGCUUCCAGACGAGUCGGGAAAAUGCUGGAGAAAGGGAGCCUGGGCCAUAAACGUGUGAGACAAACAUGAAGGAAGAGGAAUGUCACCUUUGCCUCAGGACCGGAAUAAAUACGGUGACGACGUAAGCCCUUCCCAUGGCCACGCACAGGGGUGGACAGAGUCAAACUUGUCUCUUUUUUUUGAAUGACUCUUAAGUUAUUUUGAAUGAAACCACGAACAAAGCCAGCUGUGGGGGUCUGCCUACAAGAAGGCCCCCACCUCCUGGAGGUCACGUCCGGUGGGGCCCCCCACGUGGUCGCUGAGAACGCAGCAGAAGCCAGAGAGCGCCUCCACGCAGGGGAUGGGGGACUCCUGUGCUGGUUGCCGUCUUCUUUUUGGGGGCACCAGCUGCCAUGUUGGGUCCGCGUGGGCCCCCCCCGCCCCAGUCCAGCCUUCAGAUGACUGCAGUCUGGUGGCCCCUUGGAGCCAGCUAAGGACAGCUCCUGAGGCAGAGCCAUCCCCUGGAGCACUCCCAGAGCCAUGACACUGUGGGAUAGUAAAUGCUUGUUGUUUGAAGAGGCUAGAUUUUCGGGGUUAUUUGUUAUGCAGCAGCAGAUAACAGGUACAACAGACCAGAGCAUUUUAAAUAGACCAGCAACGAAGAGACUUUCAUUUCAGACAUGAAGACGUCAAAACUAUAGAGCAAAAGUCCAUCAAACAAGGUCUGCAGUUACUUGCACAGACCGGGAGAGAGGAAGCAGAGACACUCCACUCAGAAGACGCUGCUCUCAAAAUAAAGGUAUCAUCGCAAAUCCACAGAGGAAAGAAGACGUUAAUAAUAGCCCUGAGGACGCUGGUAACUAUUCGGGGGAAAAAUGUAUGACCUCAUGGUCCCAAGCCCCAAAUAAAUGGCAGACGGAAUAAAAAUACUGGGAGCAGAGAAAUCCAUGAAUCACCGCUGAGGGGUGGGCGGGCCUGGUCGUGCGGGGCCUUGAUGGCACCAGGCCAGGGGGAGAGACCUCCUGCUGGAGAAGGUGCCUCACUCACCCGAGCUGGGCCACCCUGGGUUCUCGCAUCGAGCUGUAAAGGUGACACAUGCUUUAAGUCCGUGAUGGCACUCUCUGACUCUAUUCUGGGGGACUUAUUACUGGGGCGACACUGCUCUAGCUACCCUAGUCCAAAACGGGGCACAGUCUGCGGGUCCAUUAACAGAAGCGACUAGUGUC